AUGCCGUCUCGGCUACAGGAGCCAAUCUACCUACCAUAUAGGGACAAGGCCGAAGCCGAAGCCGUCUUCGUCGCCGUGACUCACGCCGAAAAUUCAGCUUAUUUCAAGGCGUUGGAUGCAACUAAACCAGACUUCUUUCUCUUCCUAAUCUUGCCUAAUUAUUUUGAAACAAUUGCGAGUGAUUGCCAACAAGUGUUUAACAAUAUCCUGUUAAAAAUGGCUGAUAUAGAACUUAGCCAGGAUGACAUUGAGCGUCAUGUGUACGUCUGGGCGGCCAUCCGUGAAUACGUCGUCGAGCGGCAACAAUCCGGUAACAUUGCCUGCCUGCGCACCGACCGGCCCGCGGGGACGUAUGAGUACGUCGGGUUCGAGCCUACAAAGCAACAGUUUGACGCAGCCAUCGACGCCGUGCUCAAAAGCAAAGACCAUUUCCUCACAGUCAUUGGCAAGGACAUGACCCAGUACCGGGAAAUGGCCUCCAAGCAUGGGCUUGACAUCCUCGCGCAAGAGGCACUCAUGACAGUAGACCUGUCUGGACUUGCGGCCGAUUCGGCAACAACGGCCUCGUUUGUCAAGGAGUUUGAGGCCAAGGACAUGGGUAUCGCGACGAGGUGCCGGCUUACGGUGACAACGACCGAGGAACAAGGCAAUAAGCCGGCGGCGUCGGGACAAGUCGGCAUUCAAAGGGAUAUGGCCGUCUUCGAUAAAAUCAAGACGGAGGAGGAUAUGCGACGGAAAGGGCUGGGGUCGCUGAUUAUGCGCUCGCUAGGCGCAGAGGCGCACGCAAGAGGUGCAAGGACGGGUUGGUUGAUUGCUACGCUAGAGGGACAAUUUCUAUAUACCCAUCUGGGCUGGAAGCACAGUUACUGGGUCUUGGUUCUGGGUGACAAAAAUGUUAUUGAAAAUCCAUAG